AUGGAUUUCAUUAACUGGGAUGCAGCUGGUGCUGAAACCGGCUUUGACCUCCAGUCACCUGCGGAGGGCGCAAUCAACCCGUCAGACGACACCAACAUGAACUUGGUUCUCGGCGACGUGGAUGGCGAUGACUUUUCCUACUGGGCUCUGGAGCACUUUGACUCGACGCAGAUACCCCUAGACCUUCCCAUGACGUCUGGCGAUGACACCUUUGGGCCGCUUCCUGUCGAGGGGAGUUUUGAUCCUCCCCUUCCGGCCCAGAUGUCGUGGGAGUUUCCCGAAGCGCCAUGUAGUCACUGCCGUGUUGGCGGAUAUGAAUGCAAGCGUAUUAGGGAGGGUAAAUACAAGGGUUACUGCACGAGCUGUGUUGCUUUGAGGUGCGAGUGCAGCUUCGGUCCCAAGGGAAACCAUGCCGGGUCCGAGGCGGGAGAAACCUUUCCAGCAAACCCGUGGCCGACGAUGGGUGAUCGUCCAGAGACGUCCAUCCUCCACGAAGAUGAGCUUGCGGCACUGUCGAACCGUACCAUCAAUGUCUCGCAGCCCGUCAUGCCCAUUGAUGGCGAGACACAAUACCCCUCCGCUAAACCGGCAGCCAAGAUUGGAGCUCGGUUCUCUCGCGAGUCGGUCAGAAUUCUCAAGAACUGGGUAUCUACACACAGCCGCCACCCCUAUCCAUCAGAAGAGGAAAAAGAGAGCCUGCAAAAGAUCACAGGCCUAAACAAGACCCAAAUCACCAAUUGGCUUGCCAAUGCUCGGCGACGAGGCAAGAUUCAACCAACACGCUCGAUAUCCCCGCACGUGGGUAUGGGCUACGCACAAGCAAUGGACAUCCCGCAGCGCAGAGGAACACCGAGGUCCAUGGAGCACAUGAACCCCUUGCAGCGUUGGGCCAACUCGCCCCCCGAGAACGAACCCGCCUCCGUCACUGCCAUUGCUCGUGCCGUUACCGCCUCGAGCAGUUCUGCCAUCUCGUCCAGCUCGGGACGUAACAGUCCUUACAUUUCUGGCUACUCGGACGAUGGAUCGAGCAGAUCACUCUGCAAUCAGUCGUCGGCUAGCAGUUUCUCCAACUCACACGGCUCAAGUGGUGGCUCUUUUGCCUCGACCUUCUCGCACCAGUCGCGCGGCUCCUUUGGGUCUCUACCCUCAUUUGCCCGCAACCACCGUGGCCGCAGACGGCGCAGACGAGCACCACCGAAGCGAGCCGAUGAGGCUUUUGCACAACCUCUCAAGACGUUCCAGUGCACUUUCUGCACGGAAACCUUUAGAACCAAACACGAUUGGCAGCGGCACGAGAAGUCUCUCCAUCUCUCACUUGAGCGAUGGGUCUGCUCGCCAGACGGUGCCAAGGCUGUCAAUCCUCUGACUGGUGUCAUGAGCUGCGUCUUUUGCGGAGAGGCCAACCCCGACGACGCUCACAUUGAGUCUCACAACUUCACUGCUUGUACCGAGAGGACAUUGGAGGAGCGCACAUUCUACCGCAAGGAUCAUCUCCGCCAACACCUCAAACUAGUUCACGAUGUCAAGUUCUUGCCGUGGGCCAUGGAGCAGUGGCGUGUCAACACGCCUGCCAUUCGAUCUCGCUGUGGUUUUUGUGGCACCGUCAUGGACAGCUGGUCCAUUCGUGUGGACCAUCUCGCCGAGCACUUCAAGACUGGUUACACCAUGGCCGACUGGAAAGGUGACUGGGGUUUCGACACUCCUGUGCUUGAUAUGGUCGAGAAUUCCGUGCCGCCUUACCUUAUUCACGACGAACGCAACAGCGCGCUGCCAUUCACGGCCAACACAAACAACCCAUCGACUCCGAGGGAUGCCUAUGAGCUGCUCAAGCUGGAGCUGACCUACUGGGCACAAAAACAGACAGUAGAUACUGGCCGACCUCCCACGGAUGACGAGCUACAGCAAGAAGCUUGUCGAAUCGUAUUCAGUGCCGACAUUAACUCCAAGAAGUCUUCUCAUGCGACUUCAUCGUGGCUUAGGGAUCUGAUCAAGGGCAGAAAUGACCUGACUCAAACAGCUAUGCUCCAACCGAUCCGAAAGUCAUCCGAGAAUGAGUUGUACAACCUUCGCAUCAACGGGAAGGACAAUAUUUUCGAGAAUUGCGAGUUUGAGACUCAGCUCCAGGACUUUGUCAAGGCUCGUCAACUACUUGGCCUAACAGCCAUGGACCAUGAGCUCCAAACUGAAGCCUGUAAGAUUAUCGGUAGGAUCGAGGAAAAGUCUUCGAGCACUUCCGAGGACGUGGCCAAUUGGUUGGUGCGUCUCAUUCUAACCUCCACGACCUGGCUUGCCGACUUCCGUAGGCGUGCUCACCUGCCACGGAGCGAGGAUAUCGUCGAGGACAGUAUCAGAGGCAAAGACCCGAUGCUCAUUGACUCGACCGUCCACAACUAUAGCAGGCUCGACCGUGAAUUGGGAGAGUUCUUGCAAACGCAAAGAUCAAUGGGCAUGGAGCCAACGGAUGCUGACCUUCAAUUACAAGCUCGGCUCAUCAUCUACGAUGAAGCCGACGAUUGGAACCAGACGGCCGCAGAUGAUGCCGCUUGGUUGGUGCAGUUUAGGCAGCGUCAUCCACCUCUGAACACGCCAGUGACCAUCUCCCCCACCAACAGUUCACCCUACAGCCAAGGCCUGUCCUUUAUUCCGACGCUACAGCCGGCGGCUUGUGCCUCUUCUGGUGCGAGUACCUCUCCAGGCAGUUUCCUGCCACCGCCCCGCUCAAUGAGGCCUGGGCCAUUCUUCCUCAACGAUGCCAAUUGCUACAGACGACUCGCCGCACAUCUUGGUCGCUUUGUGGCUUCUACAAUGUCUCCAAACAAUCCAAACUGCCAUGUACCCACAGACGAAGAGCUUCAACACCAAGCCAGAUGGAUUGUUUAUGAUGAUGAUGAUCCAUGGAAUCAAACGGCGGCAGACAAUGCAGAGUGGCUGCAAAGGUUUAAGCGAGAUAACGGAAUAUUACAAUCACCAGGCCCUGGUCUGGCACAAGAUGUGGUACAAUGGAAGGUUGCGGAUGGUGGCACUGGCUUUGCUCCUCCUUACGUGUGCUUGAGUCCGCAAGUCACGUUGGAACCACUACAGGAGAAUCCCAAGAUCUUCUGCCGCGAAGAGUCGAAGCCUUUCGAGCCUGAUGCUGCGACGGCAAACCGUUUCCUAAAGACUCUGAACCAGCGAUACGCCGUCCCCGCCAAGGUUUUCUGCUCCAGAGAACUGGAAAAUGGUCUCACAGAGUACGUCAAGCGGGAAACAGCCAAGACGGGCGUCCUACCCACGGAUGAGGAGCUCCGCGACCGGGCCCGACAGAUUAUGAGCAUGCAAAAGACGGCGGCCGACGACCCGACCCUCCUUGAAAAGUUCAAGACGGCCAUGCAAUCUAUGUUCAUUCCUACCGAGACACAAGUUGCAGAUCUGACGACUACCAUGUUCCCUGCCACCUCGACCAUGGCUGCCCCGGCGUUCCCAGCAGAUGUGACGCCACUCGAUCCCUUGGACUUCUCGAGCACUCUGCCCAUGCCGGCAGAUAUAAACCUGACGGAUGAGCAAGUCAACUAUAUUUUGGGAGAUGUCGAUUUCAGUAGCUUUUGA